AUAAUACCCCAUAGAACGCAAAAAAGAACCCCGAAAAGGACAUCCUUCCCCAUACAGGCACUGACUUUUAAUCCGAACUGCGUCGCAGCGACGCAACGAACGAAACACGCACAACUGGCCGGCCUUGAAAGCAGCCACAUCAACCGAUUCCAGACCAUUGAACGAACGCGCUACUCCCGCACUGUUCCCGUGCUCCCACCCAUCCGAAACGGUCCUGUACAAAAGUCGAAAAGCAGCUCGAUGACGACGACGAGCCCCCGUGCGACCAGAACCCACCCCGUUCUCAGCACAACACAUUCCGGUCACGUUGGAUGCGUUCGUUGGUUUGGCAAACAGCGACCCAUCAGAGAGGCCACGAUCCCCCUCACACGCGCGCACUAAGAACAUUUUAGUGCAAAUCGUGGAAUAAAACCGCACCAACAUGGCCCGUCUUCUCGCCCGCUUCUGCAAAACGCUUCCGGUGCAGGGUAGCUCAACUAGGACGAUCCUGCCUGCCGUUACCAUGGUGCCGUCGCGCGCACGCAGCUCCGACACCCGUAUUCAGGCCGUAAAGCCUAUAGUGGAGAUGGAUGGUGAUGAGAUGACCCGCAUCAUCUGGCAGUUCAUCAAGGACAAGCUGAUCUUCCCUUAUGUUAAGGUCGAAGCACUUUACUACGAUCUCGGACUUCCCUAUCGCGACCAAACGAACGAUCAGGUAACGAUCGAUGCCGCCCAUGCCAUGCUGAAGCACAACGUCGGCAUCAAGUGUGCGACGAUCACGCCGGACGAGCAGCGCGUCGAGGAGUUCAAGCUGAAGAAGAUGUGGCUGAGCCCGAACGGUACGAUCCGCAACAUACUCGGCGGCACGGUGUUCCGCGAGCCGAUCAUCUGCAACAACAUUCCCCGCAUCGUGCCCGGCUGGACCAAGCCGAUCGUGAUCGGGCGUCACGCGCACGGCGACCAGUACAAGGCGCAGGACUACGUGGUGCGCAAGCCCGGCACGGUCAAGAUGGUGUACACCGGCGAGGACGGUACGGUGGAGGAGAUCCAGCUGUACAAGUACACCUCGCCCGGCGUGGCGCUGGCCAUGUACAACACCGACGAGUCGAUCAGCGCGUUCGCGCACUCCUCGUUCCAGGUGGCGCUGGGCAAGCGGUGGCCGCUGUACCUUUCCACCAAGAACACGAUCCUGAAGCGCUACGACGGUCGCUUCAAGGACAUUUUCCAGGAGAUUUACGAGAAAGACUACAAGAAGCAGUUCGAGGAGGCCAAGAUCUGGUACGAACACCGGCUGAUCGAUGAUAUGGUCGCGCAAGCGCUGAAAUCGUCCGGCGAGUUCGUGUGGGCCUGCAAAAACUACGACGGCGACGUGCAGUCGGACAUCGUCGCCCAGGGUUACGGUUCGCUCGGUCUCAUGACGUCCGUGCUGGUGUGCCCGGACGGCAAAACGGUCGAAUCGGAAGCGGCACACGGAACGGUCACGCGCCACUACCGCGAGCAUCAAAAGGGACGCCCCACUUCCACCAAUCCGAUCGCUUCGAUCUUUGCGUGGACGCGCGGUUUGGAGCACCGUGCGAAGCUGGACAACACGCCCGAACUGGCCCGCUUCUCCAAGGCGCUCGAGAAGGCCUGCGUCGACACGGUGGAAUCGGGCAAGAUGACCAAGGAUCUGGCCCUGUGCAUUCACGGCUCGCGCAACCUCAAGGACAGCAUGUACCUGAACACGCAGGACUUCCUGGAAGCCAUCUCCGAGCAGCUGGAGCGCACGUGGAAGAAGUAAAGAGUGGCCACACUCGUCCCCACAUCCCUCCCUGCCUUUCUAUUUUGUAUCAUAUGUGCAGUAAUCUUUUUCUCCCACAACCAAAAGUGUGUAUGUGAAUUAAAAUAAAAACUUUUUAUUACACUA